AGGUUGGAGGUGGCAAAAAUCAAGCGACGAGGAUCCCUCAGACACAACUAACCACAGCACCGACUCGAACUCGAACCCGAACUCUGACGGGACAGAGAAUGGUAUAUCUGUACCAUCCAGUCCACAUACACGUUCAAACGCAUAUUCACCACCACACAAAUACAAAGAGCCACAUAUACUCUCACCUAGAAGCUCCUCGGAGAACGAGAGGUAUAGGCAAGUGAUAUCGUGUUUCAGAGACGCGCCAACAUCUCCAUACUCCAUACACGCGAUAGCAUAUGAGGGCGUUGCGCUGGACAAGCAUAUAGGCCAGUGGUUUGGUCCAACUACGGUAGCACAGGCGAUAAGGAGGCUGUGUGAGCACGAACAGUUGAAGCCGCUGCAUGCGCAUGCACACGCGGCGGAGGAGGAGCCCGUGUCUAAGCCGAUCCCACUGCAGCACACGACGUCAAUAGGCAGUGACAGCAUUGGGAUAGCUAUAGGAGGCAAGGAGGAAGGUCUGACGAUAGCCACCUACAUUGCUAUGGACGGUGUGGUGGGCAAAGAUGAUAUGGAUAUCGCCUUGUAUUCAUACAUUGAGCGCAAACAGAAAGCUCACGUGGCUGCAACAGCGCAACGGCGGGCUAAAAAGGCUAAGAUAGUGCUCCAAAAAGACGGUCAAAGAGGCGUCUCGAAGGCAUGUAGGAGUUACAAUGCAACUGAACCUCGUGCGAGAAGUAAAAGCAGGGAGGCUGGUGAAGCAGUUCAAAAUGCAAAAGACAUGGGUUCAGCUGGGAACAGAGAUGAGAUUUAUAGUUGCGGAGAGUCAAACGAGGUGAAACACGGUUUGAGGGAUGACUGGGACGGUUUAGACGUUACGGACACGGACAUACACAACAUGGAUACACACCAACAAUCACACGCUCAAGCCGACAGGGCUGCGAGCAAGGACAUCAGUACACACACAGAGAUACAUUACGAUUUGAAGAACCCGGCAGAUGGUUAUAGUAAUAGACACACUAAGGCUCAGACCAACACAGGGUUGGGAAGCGCAAAGAAUAGGAUAGAAGACAGAUAUAAGGAGGAUAUAGAUGGGGAAGGGGGGUAUGUCCUGGCGGAGGGUGUGCGUACCCCAGAAGCCGACCGCGAUGCUGGACUGGUUGAGGGUGGACUGGUACCUGUGGGGAAUGUAGGAAAGGAUUACGAUGUGAUCUCACUGGAUAAGAGUUUAAGUGUAAACAGGACGCUACAGGGUAUGAGUAUAAGUGAGAAGACAGAUGAAGACACAGACAGUGAUGAGUGUAUAGAUACGCCUGUGCACAGGCACGGGCGUGAAGGGGAAACGGAGGAUAAGUCACGGACGCACGAGGAGGAACAAGAAGAACUCGACAAUACACCGCUCUUGCUGAUGAUACCUCUCCGUCUGGGUCUCGACUACAUCAAUACUUGCUAUAUCCAUCAGUUGAAGAAAGUCCUGAUGAUGCCGAGUUCAACUGGUUUUAUUGGCGGCAAGCCUAAUUCAGCCUACUAUUUUAUUGGUUACAAAGGCAGCGACGUGAUAUUUAUCGAUCCCCAUUUAACCCAGCCGACAGUCGCCACUCAAGCGAACGGUCGGAUAAAUACCGAA